AUGCUGGAGGUUAUUACCGUGUGUUUGAUUGUAAUACUGUGUAUUUAUCACUAUUGGAAAAGCUCUCAAUGUAAAAACAAUUUCCCUGGACCGAGAUGCAUACCUUUCUUUGGUGUUUGCUUUAACGUUGACCUAAAUCGUCUUCAUUUGAAAUUAUACGAAUGGGCUUUGCUCUAUGGAGAUACUUUUAAAUUUUCUGUAUUUGGAAAAUCCUAUAUUUCUUUAAAUUCGGCCGAUGUCGUACGGGAUGUCCUAGGCCAUGAGCCAAAUGCCACCAUCGCGGCAUCUCGGGAGCCGUCAUUUUUUGGGCAAUAUUGUUUGGAAAAUUAUUCAGACAUUGCAUUUUCUCCAAACGACAAAGAAUGGACGAUGAGACGCAAGAUUUGUCAUCAACUUCUGCAUACUUACGGGGAAGGCAUGCAUUUGCUCGAGGACGAGAUUCUGCAGAAACUUGCAGAUAUGAAACAAUUCAUUCGAGAAAAUGAAGAGAAGGAUCUGGAUCCCCACGAUAUGGUGGAAGAAUUCUUAUUCAAAAACCUGGCUUCACUGGUGGCUGGAACUACAGAUCGACAAUUACAGGGACUGAUGAAAGAAGUAGAUGAAAAUUCCAACGAUAUUGCAACGCCAAUGGUCGACCUCGCCUUUCGAACCUUUCCUUUCCUGCAGUUUCUGCCCCUUCCCGUCGCCAGAAAACCAUCCCUUGUCAAAUUCUGUAUUGAUGAAAUGAUGAAAACAAUCAAGAAAAUAACGAAUGAGAGAAACAUUGAAAAGGGUAUGUACUACGAACUACAGAAUGCCAAGGAGAUGUACAACCACCACCUUACAGACAAUCAAAUAAAGGGAAUUCUUUCGAAUGUCGUCGGAGGAGGUUUCUUAACAUCGAGGGGUACGUUGAUGUCUCUGAUUCUUCUUCUGGUGGAACAUCCAAAGAUUCAGACUAAAAUUCAGAGUGAAAUCGAUGACGUCAUUGGGGAAAGAGAGGCUCACAUCAAGGACCGAAAUAGCUGUCCAUUUACAGAAGCAGUCAUUCUAGAAACACUCCGAUAUAUAUCCCACGCUCCAUUAGCUAUCCCCCAUUAUACAUCGGAGGACUGCAACAUUAGAGGCCGCAUGGUUGGAAAAGGGACAACAAUUAUCACUAACUUGUGGACAAUUCAUCACAGCGACGAGUGGGACGACCCUUUCGUGUUUCGACCUGAAAGGUUCCUGGAUGAUUCAGGUUUACUUUUACCUGCAACACAUCCCACCAGAAAAAGGUUGCUGGUUUUUGGUUUCGGUAAGCGAGCUUGUCUUGGUGAAGUGUUCGCCAAAAACAGAGCAUUCCUGUUCCUUGCCACAAUGAUGCAGACCUGUAUCAUUCGUAAGCCGUUGAGAGAUGAACUAAGUGACCUUGACCCCCGGAUGAUGAUGCCAGGCAUCGUGCUUCAACCUCCGCCAUACAAAGUACAAUUCAAACUGAGAGGGUGUGUCUUGUAAUCGUCAUAGAUUCCAGUCAAUCUGUAUCGUGUACCAAAUCUCAACUGUAUAUACCUUGCAUACAUUUCCUACAUGUACAUCAUCUUUUCUUAAUCAAUAACUAAAAGACAAAGUAUCGCACAAAUAAGAUCCAAGGUGAAGAUAACGAACAGUGAUCAAUCUCAUAACUCCUAUAAGCAAUACAAAAUAGAUAGUUGGGCAAACACGGACCCCUGGACACACCAGAGGUGGGAUCAGGUGCCUAGGAGGAGUA